AUGGCUCGUCAAUCCCCAUUAACCACCCUCCCCCUCUUCCUCCUCCUCUCCCUCCUCCUCCUCCUCUCACAACCAACGCACGCCAUCAAAUUCUCCCUCCAAGCCUUCCGCUACCCACCGCAAAAAUGCAUCUGGAACGCCGCCCACACCAACGCCCUCGUCAUCGUCACAGCCAACGUCGGCCCGGGGCUCAACCAGCGCGUAGACAUCGAGAUCGUGGAUUCGAGUCCGCAAAAGAACAUUUACCUUAGUAAAAAAGGGAUUAAAGCCGAGUCGAGGCUGGCUAUUACGAGUCAUAGUGAGGGUGAGGUUGGGGUGUGUUUUAGGAAUUAUAUUGAGGAUGUAUCUUACGAUGAAAUGGCAAAACUGAGUCGUGUCAUUGACUUGGACAUUGAUAUUGGCGCAGACGCCGUUGACUACAAUGCCAUCGCCAACCAAGAAUCCCUAUCCGGCCUCGAAACAGAGAUGCGCAAACUCGAAGGAAUAGUGAAAGAAGUCGCAGACGAGAUGCUAUACCUCAAGAAGCGGGAAGAGCGGUUCACAAAGACCAACGAAUCGACGAAUCAACGCGUACAAAACUUUGGUUGGUUUACCAUCCUAUCCCUCGCUGGCUUGGGCGUAUGGCAAAUAUUCCACCUUCGCGCGUUCUUCAAGCGGAAGUAUCUUAUCGACUGA